GACUGUGCCCCGUGACUCACUCUGUCCGUCCUUCAUGUGUUGACGUUUAUAAUAAAGAUGGCUGCGGCCAUGUCGCCCUUGGCUACGGUGAAAUGUUUCAUUCAAUUUCUAAAUAAAGAUAAUAUUUUAUUACAGCGGAAGCUCUUCUGUACAGCCAGGGACACUUUCAAGGACUUUACUGUUCUGACAGCCAAACGCAUACCACAGGCUGCUGUAGACCAUCGGCCAAUAAACUAUUCAAGCUUCAGUGGACCAUUGGAACACUAUGAGGACCUAAUCAGGACAGGAGAACUGAAAGAUGACCAGCAGCAGAGAAUUGUUUUGCAGCAUCUACAGAAGCUGCAAGAAACCCUAAAGGGCUAUAGUACCAGCCCGGCAAGUUUCCUAUCAAAGGUGAGGACUGAAGGUGACAUAAGAAAUCGGAAGUUGGAAGGUAAAAGGUCAUGCAGCUCAGAAAACAUAUCCAAUGAACAGGAGCUUUUUACCAAACCCAAACCCCCUAAAGGCUUCUAUGUCCAUGGUGAUGUUGGUACAGGGAAGACUAUGGUAAUGGACAUGUUUUAUUCACACGUAGAAGUUGAAAAGAAAAAGAGGGUCCAUUUUCAUGGUUUUAUGUUAGAUGUACAUAAAAGAAUCCAUCGUCUUAAACAGAGCCUGCCUAAACGGAAGCCAGGAUUAAUGUCCAAGUCCUACGAUCCCUUUGCACCCGUAGCUGCAGAAAUCAGUGAAGAAACCUGCUUGUUAUGCUUUGAUGAGUUUCAGGUCACCGACAUCGCAGAUGCCAUGAUUUUAAAGCGGCUCUUUGAAAACCUGUUUCUAAAUGGAGUGGUUGUUGUGGCAACAUCCAAUAGGCCUCCAGAAGGAGGAUGUCCUUGCACAAAAUACUUCUCAAGGCUGCCAGUGAAAGAGAUCUUAAACCUCUAUAAAAAUGGGCUUCAGAGGGCUAACUUUGUGCCAUUCAUUACAGUACUGAAGGAAUACUGCACAACCCUUCAGUUGGACUCUGGGAUAGACUACAGAAAAAGAAGUUUGCCUGCUGCUGGAAAACUCUACUACCUCACAAGUGAAGCUGAUGUGGAGGCUGUCAUGGAUAAGCAGUUUGAUGAGCUGGCUCAAAAACAAAAUGAUAUAACUCGACCAAGGAUUUUGAAAGUGCAAGGCAGAGAACUGAGACUGAACAAGACUUGUGGGACCAUAGCGGACUGCACAUUUGAAGAGCUGUGCAACCGGCCUUUGGGUGCCAGUGACUACUUGAAGAUGUCCACAGUUUUUGAUACAGUGUUUAUCCGCAAUAUACCCCUUCUGAAUUUGGCAAAAAAGACCCAGGCCAGGCGUUUCAUCACCCUCAUCGACACCUUUUAUGACAACAAAGUGCGAGUCGUCUGUCUUGCAAAUCGACCUUUGGAUAGAAUAUUUGUUCAUGAUCGCCAAGGCAGCGACGAGGAAUCUCACAGAAUACUUAUGGACGACCUCGGACUGUGCCAUGAUUCCGCCAGCAGUCUUUCCAUUUUUACUGGAGAAGAAGAAGUCUUUGCAUUUCAGCGUACAGUGUCCCGCCUCACUGAAAUGCAGACAGACCAGUACUGGAAUGAUGGGGACAGGAGCAAGAAAUAACCAGACACUGAGGAUCAGUGGCCUAUCAGAACUUACCAAGCAUUGGGGAAACAAAAUUGUUAUGAUUUUAGACAAUGCAAUAUAUUUAUUUCACAUGAUAUCAUCAUUGCAUUUUAGCCAUUGCAGCAUUGAUCUUCCAUUGAGCUUGUAUUUUAUAUUUUUAAAUAAAAAAAAUGUUAUGCAAUUGUAUUUGUUCUACAACUAAAUAUUUAUGGAACAUUUGGGGAGGAAUUGUGUUUGAUUUGACUGGUACUGUUCAUGUAUGUUAGAAAAUGCACAACAGGUUUAUACAACAGUAUAGUCCUCAAAUCCAGUAAGCUGCUAUUAAAAAAUGUUUUUUAAAUGCUAUUUAAAGUUUGGUGCCACACAUUAUACUGGCCACCAGUGAUCAAGAAAAUAAAUCUGGUGAUGUAAUGAUG